UCUCGUAGUUUAUUUGAAAGUUAUUGGUUUUGCAAUUUAGUCUACUUGUUACAGAACGAGCACUUCGUUAUUAAAGGUCACGGUUAGCAAUGGCCUCUACACAGUUUUUUCUGAUUACUCUCGUUCUCGGCCUUUUUGGAUACAGUUACGGCAUGUCAGGGGAAGGCAACAACGGAAUCCCUGACGAGCGUCUCCUGGGCUACGGCUUGGGUGGAAUCGGUGGAUACGGUACUUACGGCUUGGGCGGAUUGGGUGGUUACGGCGGUUAUGGUGGACUCGGUUACGGUGGUGUCGGGACUCUGGGCUACGGCGGUCUUGGCGGCUAUGGCUUAGGCGGACUUGGUUACGGACGCGGAGGUCUGAUCUACGACGAAGAUCCCAGCGCCGAGAACGACGAAUUCCAGGAUGAAGCCAUGACCUCCAAGGGCGACUACAAGACCGUCAUCAUUCCCGGCCACAAGAUCCGCAAACUGAAGGUGCAGUUGUACAAGAAGCACGGAGAAGAGUCCGCUGUCGACCACGCCACGACCACCACCGGUUCGUCCAACAUGGAGACCAUGCCCACGGAGAACAAGAGCUCCAACGAGAACGUCCGCGUCAUCCGUGUCCCCCAUCACAUCUUCCGCCGCCUCAUGCAUCAGAUGCGCGAAGUUGCCGAGGUCACCCCCAUUACCGACAACAGUGCCACUGAAUCCAACGUGGACAGUAACAUCGACGUGGACAACACCCAGGAGGAAGCGUCCAAGUGGAAGAACUGGAAGGGCGUGCAUGAACUGCGUCAUCCGCAUCACAUCAAGCGCGAUAAAGAGAACUCCAUGAUUCGGGUUGUUACUGUUCCGCGUCACGUUUAUAAGGGCCUGAAUGAGUUUGCCGAUGGUGAGAUGGCUGACGAGUAAAUAUCCCUAAAGUUGUUGUUACGUUUGUCUGAUUUGUUGAAUUUGUAUUUUUCUGGUCAACGAAUCAUGGAUGUUAUUCGAAAAGCUGUUGUUGUUAUUGUGGAAAACUUACUGUAUUUAAAAGAAAACG